AUGGAUGACUCGUAUUUAGACGUAGCAGCCAGCUAUGUCGACGAGUGUAAAAUAACACAAAAGAAUUAUCAUUCGUUCACCCCAUAUUCAAACAUGUCUUUUUCUAAUAACGAUGAAAUUAGGAUAAGUGUUUUAAACAUGGAUUCUUACACUUUUCCGUGUGAGAGUUAUCUGUACAUCGAGGGAAAAGUAAAUAAACCUACCGAUGCUGUUGGAGACGUUAGUUUUUCGAAUAAUGGAUUGGCGUUUUUAUUCUCCGAAAUGCGAUACGAGAUAAACGGAGUAGAAGUACAGAAAAUAAAAUCACCCGGAAUUUCGUCUUGUUUGAAAGGUUACUGUUCAUAUACUCCAAACGACUUGAACGCGCUGGAGAAUGCGGCUUGGGGGUCGUCGUUGGGUAGUAACGAUAAUAAUAAAAAUUUCAUGGCCAACAAUGUGUUUACCGGCUGCGUUCCACUGAAACAUCUAUUUGGAUUUUUUGAAGAUUACAAAAAAAUAUUACUUAAUUGUAAUCAACAAUUGAUUUUGAAUCGCUCGUCAACCGAUUUCGACACAUUACACGUUACUGAUAACUCUGAGAAAAAUAAAAAAAUUACCGUCGAACUGACUAAGAUAUUAUGGAAGAUGCCUAUUAUCAAAGUUAGUGAUAAAGAAAAGUUAAGACUGUUAAAAAUAUUGGAUUCUCGUAAAACGUAA